GCAAGCCCGUGCGAGUAUGGUGAGCUUGGUCUUUGUUGAGAAAAAAAAUAUGUCGACGCGAAAAAGAUUUUAUUAGUCAGAAAGUCUGGCAUUCUUUUGUGUUUACUGGAAAAAGAGCAGAGAAAAAGCGAAUAAGAAUCUGAAGAAAGCCAAAUUGAGAGGCAGGUGAAGAUUAAAGAUUAUGUAAAUGCAGCAAGUGCAACAAUAUAACGAAUAACAAACGAGCUCUGACCUAGAGUAAGCGACGAUUGGUUGCUCUUGGACAACGACAACGGCAACGGGCCCAAAGGCAGGGGAGAGAGGCGCGCAGCAGACACGGUGGUGGCGUUGGCGUUUGGCGACGAUACAAAUACAAAGUGAAACAAGGGGAAAGUCAGCGUCAGCAGCAACAGCAACAAACCAGAUAUAAACACGCACACUAAUCUUUGAUUGGAACUAGAACAAGAUUAAAAUCGAAAGAAAAAAACGGAGACCAGAACGAUUGACAACGAAGCGCAGGAGAAGACAAAAUUUAGCUAAAUAUGGAUAAUUGCGACCAGGACGCUGGUUUUCGUCUGGGACACAUUAAGGAGGAGGUCAAGCCGGAUAUAUCACAGCUCAACGACAGCAACAAUAGCAGCUUCUCGCCAAAGGCGGAGAGUCCGGGUCCAUUUGGUCUCCAAAGCAUGACCAUGGUCCAUGUGCUACCCAAUGAUAAUCAAAUGGUGGCGCAGGCGCCCAAUGCAUCGGCCUCGUCAGCCACACCGCAACAAUAUCCGCCGAAUCAUCCAUUGAGCGGCUCAAAGCAUUUGUGCUCCAUUUGCGGCGAUCGAGCCAGUGGCAAACACUAUGGCGUUUACAGUUGCGAGGGCUGUAAAGGCUUCUUCAAGCGCACGGUGCGCAAGGAUCUCACAUAUGCCUGCCGCGAGAAUCGUAAUUGCAUCAUUGAUAAGAGGCAACGGAACCGUUGCCAAUAUUGCCGCUAUCAGAAAUGUUUAUCGUGUGGCAUGAAGCGGGAGGCUGUCCAGGAGGAGCGGCAACGUGGAGCCAGAGCCUCAGCCGGACGGCCCGCUCCACCAAAUGCCGGUAGUGGGGGCGGCGGCGGCGGUGGAGGAGGAGGUGGCGGUUCAGCAGGCGUGGGUGGAACUGGACAAGAUGAGUUUAUGCCAACAAGUGUGUCCCGUGACUUUACCAUCGAACGUCUAUUGGAAGCCGAACAGCGGGCAGAGAACCAGAGCGGUGAUCGUGCUUUGUCCUUUCUGCGAGUGGGUCCGAAUUCCACUGUUCAGCCGGAAUACAAGGGCGCCGUAUCCGCCCUAUGUCAGGUGGUUAACAAACAGCUCUACCAGAUGGUCGAGUAUGCUCGUCUCAUGCCGCAUUUUGCCCAGUUACCAUUGGACGAUCAGGUCAUCCUUCUGAAGGCCGCCUGGAACGAGCUACUCAUAGCCAAUGUGGCCUGGUGCAGCAUUGGAUCCGUGGACGACGUGUCCUCUGGCAUGGGCCAUGACAGCGCCUUUGAGCGGCGUUCGCCGGUAUUGCAACCGCAGCAACUGUUUUUGAAUCAAAGUUUUUCGUAUCAUCGCAACAGCGCCAUCAAAGCUGGCGUCUCCACGAUCUUCGAUCGCAUCCUGUCUGAGCUGAGUGUAAAGAUGAAACGCCUAAAUCUGGAUCGUCGUGAGCUGACCUGCCUGAAGGCCAUUAUCCUCUACAAUCCUGAUAUACGUGGCAUCAAGAAUCGAGCUGAAAUUGAGAUGUGUCGGGAGAAGGUCUACGCCUGUCUAGACGAACACUGCCGCCAGGAGCAUCCCGGCGAUGAUGGACGAUUUGCCCAGCUACUGUUGCGCCUGCCCGCCUUGCGCUCGAUUAGUCUGAAAUGUCUGGAUCACCUGUUCUUCUUCCGCAUCAUCAGCGAUCGACCGCUGGAGGAUCUAUUUAUCGAGCAACUGGAAUCGCAGCCACCGCCAGGCCUGACCCUGACUCUAAACCCCGAAUGAGGGGUCCAGGAGUCGAAUUCUUCUGAUUGAUUGUGAUUGAGUUUGUUUUGCAUUUCUCUGACUCCCUUGCCCACUAUUUGACUCCCUCCCUUCUUCCACCUCCUCCCCUAUCACACCUUUAGCUGUCACCCACUUUGUACUAUUACUUUAAAUACGUGUAUGUAAUUGUUUAUUAUUAUUAUUAUUAAUUUUUUUUUUUUAAUAUCGAUCUAGAAAAUGUGUUUUCCUUAAGAUAUGAUGGAUGGAUGCCUCCUCAACGUUUAUUCUUAAGUAAACGAAAAACAAAAACAAAAAAACAAAAUCAAAAAAAAAAAAAAGAAUUAGAAGAAGAAACUAACUUUGGCAUACCGAAGUUUAUAUACUCUUGCAGUUUUACUCCGUUUGAAAUAUCAAAUACAUAGAAAUCUCUCGUUUAGUUAUCCUAAUACAACUUAGUAAACUAAACUAUAA